ACUAAAUGGGUUCGUCAAAAAUUAGUCCGGAACACUUCGAGGCACCCAGAGCAACCUGUCACAAAAAGGUAUCCAAAUGAAAAGAAACUAAUUAAACUCCAAUUUACAUAUUUGCAGAGGACUUUUAAAAGCGGCCCUUGUAAUUGUCUGUCAUUUCCAAGACGGUUUUCAGAAUCAGAGGGGCAGCAUGCCGCGAUCAUUUCUGGUGAGGGCAAGACAAACUAACUCUCCUUCCUUGGAGAAACGUCAAGAUUCAACUCAGCCAAAACUUUCAGAAGUUAAAACAGAGAAGGGACCUCCCGUUGUUGACAAAGCAUUCGAAACAGGCUUCAAUGUCACCUCUUCUGCUGAAAAUUUAUCUUUAAACCUCGCUCAAGAAACAAGCCAUCGUCCAUGCAUCCCUUUACCAACGCUUCCCCAACGGCAUGGUGUAGACUACUUUGAUUCAAAGUUCCCGUUUGCUCUUCCCAGAGCGCUUCCUUUUCCUCUGGCACCAUCGUCGCCUUUGGUGUUAAGGCCUGUGCCGCGUUACGGUGGACUACCGUUCCCUUACAGCUGCCCAAGUCUCGCCGUAAACCCAGACCCAUUUCCUUAUCGUCAUUUCCCUCGACAGUCGCCAUUUCUCCAGAGAGGCUUCACUGGUCAAGAGUCCUUCUUUGCUCCGACAAGAGUAACAGAGUACCGCGAUCCCAUUCCGGGUUUAGGCGAUGCUUUUGGGCGUCGGGAAAGAGCGGAUAGCGAGGAUAUCACCUCAGAAGAGCCAACCUCCUUAAAAACCAAGGUCUAUAAAUGCCAAGAAUGUGGGAAAGAGUUUAAGAGGCCUUCAAGCCUCUCGACACACAAACUUAUUCAUUCUGAUCACAAGCCUUAUUCAUGCAGUUACUGCGGAAAAAAUUUCCUCCGCAAAUCCGACAUGAAAAAGCAUACGUUGAUGCACACUGGGGUGAAGCCAUUUCAGUGUAAGCAAUGUGGAAAGGUUUUCAGUCAAUCUUCUAACAUGCUUACACACAUGAGGCGGCAUACUGGUAUUAAACCCUUCCCCUGCAAAAUUUGCGGUAGAAGGUUCUACAGAAAAGUUGAUGUUCGUCGGCAUACUAUGAGGCAUGAGUACAGAUCAAGUUUGGAAGACGAAAACACCAAGUGAACUCCUAUAAGCAGCUAAAGAACACUUCUAGAAAUUACAUUGAGUUUUUGAGAACCUAGGGAUUGUCUGCAUAUCAACUAUAUAUUUAUUUAAUAGCCUCAAACAUAUUACAAACGAAAAGUUAUGAAAUCAAGCUUGCUUUUAAAUAUAUACCUCUGAUAGGAAUUAAGGACCAUCCUCUUAUUUCAUUGUAAAAGAGAAAAGUUGUUCCCGUUAUAGAAAAUUGAACACUUAUUCAGAACAAUUUGUUAAAGAAGCGUCAAUGGUUUUAGCAUGAGACAAAGAACAAUUAAAGAUAAUCAAACUUA